AGGCUGAUGUACGUCUUCGAAACAGUCUGCUCCUCUACAUACCUAGGUCCUACAUGCUACCAACUUGGCCGGUGCCCACCAUACUGCACAUAUCUAUUAUUGCUUAUGGUCAUGUUACUGUUAAAAAAACAAAACAGCAUCACCCAGAAGUCAUCUGGUCUCACAUCUGGCUACGGAUCUCAACCUCCACCCACGACGCCAUCAAACCCGACGCCACCUCGAACUGGAAAACCUCAGGCCUCACCGCCCUCGACAUUCGCCUCGCUUAUGCCCUCGAAUCCACCUACGCCACCUACUGCACCUCCAGCGGCAUGGUGCCCAAGCCCACUCUGAAGCCCAAGCUGGAGAGACCAGAGAGCGGUGCGGAGCUCGAGCGGUUGUGUCAACAAGUACGGCGCAGCGUUAAUCCCUUUGAUGAAUCCGGUUUUCCUGUUCCUUCUUAUCUGUAUGAUGCCGCUUGGGUGACGUGGGUAUUAACUUUGAACGUGUUGGUUUUUUGGGCUGUUUUUCGGUUUGUUUAGGUCACUGGCAAGGAUACGACUUCGCCGCCGGAGGUGAAGGUGCGGGCUGCUUUCCCUUGGGGCAGUAAUAGCUCUGCGCUAUAGGGGAACCUGGGUGAGCUUGUGGACAUCAUAGGGUGUUUCGGUCGGCCGCUCAUGGCGAACUCAGCGAAGUACGGUCACCAGUGGCUCCUUUCC